GUGGAUUUCGAAAUGAAGCAAAUAAAUGGCUAUGCAUUUCUGGUUGAUACGAUCCUGCUGGUUGGCUUUGGAUUAACAGGUGCACUGUUCAUCCCAUUACUGAUAGGAACCUUCCACCGAGGAUUCUUCUGCAAUGAUCAAUCUAUUAUGUACAAAUAUAAAGAUGAUACAUACAACCGUGCUUGUGAUGUACGCAUUGUUGGUGAUGAUCCUAACGGUGAGUUGGAGGAAAUUCGCCUAAAAAUCAACCGAGUGAAGAGUUUAGGAUUCUCAAUGAUCGGCUUGAUUUGUGUUGUUGUUCUUACGAAUGUUACAAAAUGUUGCGUUGGACGACUUCGGCCUCAUUUCUUAGACGUGUGCCGACCAUUAAACCUGACUUGCCACGGCAAUGAGUACUACAGCAAUUAUACAUGCACAGGGGAUCCAUUUAGAGUAGAAGAAGCACGAAAGUCAUUUUUUAGUGGACAUUCUUCCAUUUCGAUGUAUGCCUCGACUUUCACAGCACUCUACUUGCUAGCUCGAGUUCCUCGUCAUUCAACGGGUCGAGUAUUUGUUCCAAUUUCGCAAACUGCUCUCUUGGCAACUGGGCUGCUGAUAUCGCUUUCUAGAAUCAACGACAACAAACACCAUUGGAGCGAUGUUGUAGUCGGAAUCAAUGACAACAAACACCAUUGGAGCGAUGUUGUAGUCGGGUUCUUUGUGGGAAUAUUAAUGGCAGUCUAUACGUCUUCGGGAUUGAUGCGUGUAAAUUUGUCUGUACAUCAAUGGCAAGAUCAAAACAACUACAUUAAUUGA